AUGCCUGCUUUUGACAAUUCCUUCAAAAUGAACCACACCUGCUUGCGGAUCAAGGAUCCAAAAGUGCUGAUUCCUUUUUACGAGGAUAAUUUUGGCAUGAAGUUGCUCACGAAGUUCGACUUCCCCCCAAUGAAAUUCACGAUCUACAUGUUGGCUUACGACACUAAGGUAACAAGUGGGAAGAAUUGGGCAGACCGUGAAGGUGUUCUUGAAUUGUGUCACAAUUAUGGCACUGAGAAUGAUCCCAAUUUCAAGGUGAACAAUGGAAAUGGUGAAAAAGAUCGCGGUUUUGGUCACAUUUGCAUAUCCGUUGACAAUAUUGAAGUCGCAGAACUGAAACUUUUGGCUAACAAGGUCAAAUUCCAAAAGAAGUUGAGUGAUGGUCGUCAGAAAAACAUUGCAUUUGCUCUCGAUCCCGAUGGCUACUGGAUCGAGUUGAUUGAAAACGGCAUUGAUAAAAAAGACGGAGAGACGAACUAUUCCAGUUACCGCUUCAAUCACACUAUGAUUCGGGUGAAGGAUCCCAGAAAAUCGCUCGAGUUUUAUGAGAAAGUUCUUGGCAUGGAAGUUUUGAGUAAAAAGUCGUUCGAGGAGGCAAAGUUUACGUUGUACUUUCUUGGGUACAAACAUAAUAAUGUGAGCCAUGAAGACAACAAGUUGGCUCAAGCUAGCCGUCAAGGUAUCAUUGAACUCACCCACAAUUGGGGCACCGAAAGUGACCCCGGGUUUAGCUACCAUAACGGUAACUCGACAGACAAUGGGGCAAUUCAAGGGUACGGCCAUACAUGUGUCUCCUGUGCUGAUCCUGCUAAACUUUGUCAGCAAAUCGAGCAAGAAUAUGGUGAUAAGGUUCAAUGGGGUGUCAAAUACAAUCAAGGGACUAUCAAGAGAAUCGCUUUCAUCAAAGAUCCUGAUAACUACUCCAUCGAGAUUAUUCCUUCGUCGUUGUUUGAAAAUGGUAGCGCCAAUUAUGACAAAUUGUAA